AUGUGGUUGUCCAAAUCGCCGAUUAUACUGCUUGUCGUCGCUCGCGUUCUCGCAGAAGACGCACUAUCCACAGAGACAGACCUUCCUCCACCUCAGAAUAUAGUCCAAACAACGCCAACCGGCAGGUAUAGCAGCUACUCUUCAACAUUUACCGUCUCUUCAUCAGCAAUCACGACGGAACCAAUUGUUUCGACUAUCACUAGCGAUCUCACGACAAAAGCCACCACUAUCGGAUCAACAACCAUCUUCGGUAUUGGAACCAUCUCUGAUAAUGCAACCGCGCUUUCAGAACCAACAGAGACCCAAACUCUUCUAGUCGGCCGUCCCUCAACUUCCAAUGGCACUGCAAACGCCACAUCAUCUGCUGCGGAGCCUGCUGCCACCAACGAGACACCCUGUAACAACUAUCCCCAGUUCUGUUCGCGCAAGUACAGCAAUAUCACAGAAAUAUCGGCUCACAACUCCCCAUUCGUACGUCCGGGCAAUGCUGGUGCCAACCAAGCUCUACCCGUAUCGGCGCAGCUAAAUGAUGGAGUCCGCCUUCUCCAAGCUCAGGUCCGAUUUGUCAAUGAAACCCCCCACUUCUGCCACACCUCAUGUCAGAUCCUCGACGCUGGUCCCAUUACCAAAUACCUAGGUGAAGUAUAUGAUUGGGUUUCUGAAAACCCCUACGACGUUGUCACAAUCCUUCUCGGUAACGGCGAUUAUCGACCUGUGGUCGACAUUGCACCGUACGUAGAGAAGUCUGGUCUGCUGAAAUAUGCAUACAGCCCUCCUAAGAUUCCCAUGACGAUUAAUGAUUGGCCUACGCUUAGCUCCAUGAUCAUAACUGGAAAGCGGGUCGUGUUCUUCAUGGACUAUGAGGCCAAUCAGACUGCUGUGCCCUGGAUCCUCGACCAAUUCUCGCAAAUGUGGGAAACGCCGUUUAGUCCUACUGACCGUGCUUUCCCAUGUACCAUUGAGAGACCGCCAGCUCUACUGCCCCAAGAUGCCCCAGAGAGAAUGUACAUAAUGAAUCACAACCUCAACUACGAAAUAAGUAUCCUCGGCAAUUCUCUUCUAGUUCCCAACAUUCCACUGCUCCCAGUCACCAACAACGAGACUGGAUUCGGCAGUCUAGGCGAGAAUUCUCAGAUUUGUAAUGAUACAUGGCACUACCCUCCCAGGUUCCUCAAUGUUGACUAUUACAAUGUCGGCAAUGGCAGUGUCUUCAAAGUCGCAGCCAAGUUCAACAAUGUCACCUACGAUGCUGAGUGUUGCGGCCACGCCAAAAACCAUGCGCAGGGCCUCUUCAAACUCGCUAACAGUGGGCUUCGACUCUCAGCUCUUGUCAUAAUAUGCCACGUCUGGUUCUUCUUUCUCUAA